CCCCAGGUGCUGCCGACCGGGGUGGGGCCGCAGGGAGGAGGCUCCGGAGAGCGGUCGCCCCGGGACCGCCCCGCCCCGCCCCGCCCCGCCCCCGGCGCUCAGCGGAAGCCCCAGUGCAGCAGGCAGCCCCGCGGACCCCGGCGGCCCGAGCCAGGUGAUUGAACCAUGGCGACAACUCCCGCUACUGCUUUCGAGGCCCUCAUGAAUGGAGUGACAAGCUGGGAUGUCCCCAAAGACCCCAUCCCCAGUGAACUCCUUCUUAUUGGAGAGGCUGCCUUCCCAGUGAUGGUGAAUGACAAGGGCCAGGUCCUCAUUGCUGCCUCCUCCUAUGGCCAAGGCCGCCUGGUGGUUGUGUCCCAUGAGGGCUACCUACUGGAUGCCGGCUUGGCCCCAUUUCUUCUCAAUGCAGUGGGCUGGCUCUGUCCCUCCCCUGGGGCUACCGUUGGAGUGCACCCAUCCUUGGCAUCACUAGUAAACAUCCUGCAGGCCUCUGGGGUUGAGGCACAGAGUCAGCCAGAACUGGGAGAUGCCCUGGGGGUUUACUGCAUCAGUGCCUACAAUGACAGCAUGACUCCAGAGCUGAUCCAGUUUGUGAAACGUGGAGGGGGCUUGCUCAUUGGGGGCCAGGCCUGGUAUUGGGCCAGUCAGCACGGCCGUGACAAGGUGUUGUCCAGGUUCCCCGGGAACCAGGUGACCAGCGUGGCUGGAGUGUACUUCACCGACACCUAUGGGGACAGAGGCCGGUUCAAGGUCUCUAAGAAGGUGCCCAAGAUCCCACUCCACAUCAGGUGUGAAGAGGAGCUCAGGCAGGACCAGCAGCAGCUCCUGGAAGGGAUCUCCGAGCUGGACAUCCAGACGGGGGGCAUCCCCUCGCAGCUGCUGGUGCACGGGGCCCUGGCCUUCCCUUUGGGCUUAGAUGCCUCCCUUGGCUGCUUCCUGGCAGCUGCCCGCUAUGGCCAAGGCCGGGUGGUUGUGGCUGCCCAUGAGGGCAUGCUCUGUGCUCCCAAGAUGGGGCCCUUUCUGCUCAAUGCUGUGCGCUGGCUGGCCAGAGGCCAGACAGGCAAAGUUGGGGUGAACACGAGGUUAAAAAACCUGUGUGCCCUUCUGUCGGAACAUGGCCUGAAAUGCAGUCUGGAGCCCCAUCUGACUGGUGACUUGUGUGUCUACUGCUCUGUGGCUUACAGUGACAAGGAGGCCAAGCAGCUGCAGGAGUUUGUGGCCGAGGGUGGGGGCUUGCUGAUCGGGGGCCAGGCCUGGUGGUGGGCCUCCCAGAACCCAGGCCGCUCCGCUCUGGCUGGCUUCCCUGGGAACGUCAUCCUCAACUGCUUUGGACUCAGCAUCCUUGCUCUUACCCUUCACCCGGGCUGUUUCCCUGUCCCAACCCCCGAGACACGGAGCUACCAUUUCCGCAAGGCACUGUCUGAAUUCCAGGCUGUAUUGAGCCAGGGGGAUAGGACCUUGGAAAAGAGCUGGCUGGCAAAAGUGGGAGUAGAUGGUGCAGCCUUCCUGCAGAUUCCUGCAGAAGGGGUCCCUGCGUACAUAUCUUUGCACCGACUCCUGAGGAAGAUGCUGUGCCUGUCAGGCCUCCCUGCUGUGAGCCCGGAAAACCCAGUUGCAGGUGAUUCCUGUGAGGCUGCAGUGCUCUGCCUGGCCACGGAGCUGGCGCACUCUGGGACUGACUGUUCCCAGUUGGUGCAGGGGCUUGGAACCUGGACCUGCAGUUCUAGUCUGACCCCCUCUGAACACCCCAUCACUGUGGAGAUCUGUGCAAGCAACCCAGGCAACAAGGAUUCCUGGGUGAGUACCGGGCUCUACCUCAUAAAUGGACACAAUGCAGAAGUCUCACUCUCUGAAGCUGCGGCCUCUGCUGGCCUGAAGGUACAGAUCGGCUGCCACACCGAUGACUUGACCAUGGCCAGCAAGCUGUCUCGAGCUCCUGUGGUGACUCACCAGUACUGUAUGGACAAGCCCAUACGGUCGGUAUCCUGCCUCUGGGGUGGCCUUCUCUACAUCAUUGUGCCCAAGGGCAGUAAACUGGGCCCCAUGUCUGUCACCAUCAAGGGGGCUAUACCUGCCCCAUAUUACAAGCUAGGUAAGACAUCUCUGGAGGAGUGGAGGAGCUGUAUCCGGGAGAGCUCAGCUCCCUGGGGAGAGCUGGCAACAGACAACAUCAUCUUGACAGUGCCCACUGCAAACCUCUGGGCCCUGGAGGACCCACAGCCCGUCCUCCGGCUCUGGGAUGAGAUGAUGCGGGCUAUAGCCAGGCUGGCGGCCCAGCCUUUCCCUUUCCACUGUCCCGAGAGGAUUGUUGCUGACGUGCAGAUCUCAGCUGGCUGGAUGCACUCAGGGUACCCCAUCAUGUGCCACCUGGAGUCAGUGCAGGAGCUCAUCAGUGAGACAGGCAUGAGAAGCAGAGGUCUGUGGGGCCCCAUCCACGAGCUGGGCCACAACCAGCAGCAGCAUGGUUGGGAGUUCCCUCCACACACCACUGAGGCCACUUGCAACCUCUGGUCAGUCUAUGUUCAUGAGAUGGUCCUGGGCAUCCCCAGGGCUCAGGCCCACCCUGCUCUGAAUCCUGCUAAACGAGAGAAGAGGAUCACAACACACCUGGGAAAGGGAGCCCCCCUGCGUAAUUGGAAUGUAUGGACAGCUCUGGAAACAUAUCUACAGCUCCAGGAGGCGUUUGGGUGGGAGCCCUUCACCCAGCUCUUUGCUGAGUAUCAGACCCUCUCUGGCAUCCCCAAUGACAAGAGGAGCAAGAUGAAUCUAUGGGUGAAGAAGUUCUCUGAAAAGGUGCAGAAGAAUCUGGCUCCAUUCUUUGAGGCCUGGGGCUGGCCUGUCCAGAAGGAAGUGGCUGGUAGCCUGGCCUGUCUGCCUCAGUGGCAGGAAAACCCUAUACGGGCAUAUGUCCAUACUAAGGAGUAGAAAAUGAGCAGCAAGGGGCGGGGGUGGAGAGAGGAAUGACCACUCGCCAACUCCACCACCGUGUUUCUGGCCUAGUAUGCCUUGAGCUGAACCCUCCCUCCUAACCUGUCUUCAGGAAGGCAGUCAAGGUCAUAAGACAAAAUGAAACCAACUUUCUCAGGGAAAUGCCCUUGUACUUCUUUGUAUUGUUUCUGUGCCUUUGCUAUUGUGCUCACCAAGAGGCUUGCUCACCAUCCUAGUCCUCUAGUGGAGGAUUUUUCAUGUUGGUGUCGUGAGGUCCUGCAGGCUCUUGGCUUCUAUUGAUGACCAGUAGUUCUAAAUACCGUGGAUUACCAUUAUCAUCUAAAAUCAGUCCCUCACCCCUGCUGGCCCUGAGCAAGGCUCUUAAUUUCUUCUGCUUUGAGAGCUUUUCUAAUAGCAAGAGAGACAGGCUGGUAUAAUGGAGAGAGCCCUGAACCCGCUUUGGUUCUAUGGGAAAAUCACGUAACCUCUCUUUGUGUCUGUAUUCUUACCCAUGAUAUUGGGGUAGAAAAUCUAUUGUUUGGUGAUGGUGAACAUGUCGUGCACCAGACGUGCAUACACAUGGAAGGGUCGUCUUUAGAUUUUGCCUGUCUCAUAGUGGCCUGUCUGUCCAGUUUAGUGUGGACAACCUGAAAAUUGAAUCUCACUUUGGAGUUGACUACCUUCAGGUUUGUGUUCAGUCCUUGUGUAAGAGUAUUUAAUGAAUAUCAGUGUUGCUCCCAUUCAUGGUAUCAGUGAUAGUUGUGGGGCUCCUGGCCAAUCAUAUAUCCUUUCUCCCACCUCUGGAAGGAUUGUUGGGUUUAACCUAACCUAAGGAAUGGUGUCAACUCAAAAGAGAUAGUAUAAACUCAGACUGGAUGUUACAAAACUAAUGGGGUUUGGUUUUCUUGGUUAGUUCCAUCUUCUAGUACUUUUGUUUCAACCAAAGGUAAAAGUCACUUGAGCAACCCUUACCAAGUCCAUAAACUUCUUUGUUCUUAGCACAGAGAGCGAUGGACUCCUCUGGUUGCCAUGGAGACAAGGCACUGUCAGUUCUCGACAGCAGCUGUUCUGAGAGGUCCACAGACAUGAUGGGCUUCACUCUGGGACAGGAUUACUGGAUGCAGCAGAUCAAAAUAGGCCACAGUCAGUUAAUUAACCUACCAUCCAGCAUCCCCUGAGCUUUCUCAUAAUCUCAUUCCAAACCCCCUCAACUCUUUGUAGAGGCAGAGUUCUAAUUGGAGAGUCGUCUCUGGGAUUAAUGGGGUGUACACCUAGUCAUUUUUCUCCAGCUUGCUUUUAAACCAUAUUUUUGUUGUUUUGAAUAUCAUCCCAUGAGCUUUGUUGAGAGCCGAGUGGCUUCUCAGAGGAGAACUGACCCAGGGAAUGUCUUUUUCUGAAUGCCAUCGGCACAUCCUCCCCUCAACUCUAGGAUAAUUUCCUUUUAUUUCACUGGUGUCCUUUGCCAGGUGCUUUUCACAUAAACUGUGCGCAAUGGGUAUUUGUUGAUUGAGAGAACAGUGAUGAUACCUAGCACAUAGCAAGCGGUCAAUAUGUCCCAGGCAUUGUGUGAGGUAUUUUCUGUGCAUUAUCUCAUAGAAUCUUCACAACAGACCUCUGAGGUAGGGGCUAUUAUCAUCCUCAUUCCAUAGUUGAGGAAACGAACAUGUUAGGGAUAUUUAACUUCUGAAGUCAAAAAACUAAUAAGAGGAAGCAUCACGGGGUGACGGAAGCCCAUAGCAAUGAAAAACUUGUGGAGCUUAUCCUCUCUGAAUGAUGUACAAUUUAGAAAGAAAUUCACCUAGAAAAUGGGGAUUCAGCAAAGUUCUGAUUCAGCCCAUGUUCACUAUUGAAUUUUUAUUAAAUAUCAAAUUUAACCUCCAAAAAUGUAUGGUACCUGAUUUCCUGGUUGUCGCAGAAUGUGAUUAGCCUCCCUCGAGGCAGAGAAAGGAUUUGACCCCAGGAGAUUCAACUCCAGACCUGCUGUCCUUACCAUGAUGUUAGGGAGGGGUAACUGGAGGGAUACUGCUGGGUGUAGUAGGUUAUCAUAGAGUCAAAGACAGAGACCUGACUCUUGCCACCCUCUCUACAGGGGGAGCCGGAGCCCAUCUCUCGAGGAGAAACUGUGGCUCUGCCGCUUGUUUCUGGGUUCACGGUUAAUUGUAACUGGGACACUCAAAGUAUUCUAUAUUCCAGAGAACAUUUGCUCCCAAUGAUCUCAAUGCUGGUCUGGUGCAUCAUCAAUAAAUGCUGUCUGCCGGGAA